CAUAGUGCGCAGUAACAGAGGCUUGUUGCUCCUUUUCAGUCUUUUCACUUCCGUCGCGGACCAACUGGGCGAGUCCUCUUCGGGAGCCACCACUGUCUCUGUAAGGGCACCAGAAGCUGUAAAUCUUAACAGGAAUUAAGGACUGACUGUUUAGUGAGUGAAAGUGUGGAGAGAACAUGAGUAAGCGCCUCCAAACUGUGGCCACGAUGGCGUGCAUGAAAUCCCUUCUUAUGAUAUUCAACUUAGCCUUUUGGGCUUCUGGACUGGCAAUUCUUUGCGCGGGAAUCUGGAUGCAGGUGGAAUUGCAUAAAUACCUGGAAUUGAAUGCGGACUUCUCCAACACUGGGCCCUACGUUCUAGUCGGAACCGGAGCCCUGAUCCUUCUCAUCUCUUCUCUCGCUUGCUGCUGCACCGUCAAGGGACAGCCGAGCCUUCUCUAUCUAUACGGAGCCUUCCUGGCCGUUGUCUUCGUCAUCGAACUCUCCCUGGCUAGUUCACUCUACGCUUACAAGGAUAACCUGGCCGAUGGAUUCGAUCGUGGCCUGAAUCAGAGCAUGGCUCGCUACGGUCAACCCGGAACUGCAGACAAAACGGCCGAUUUCGACACCAUGCAGACCCGCAUGCAGUGCUGCGGCAGCCACAGCUACGAAGACUGGAACAAACUGAAUCCGGCCAGACCCGUCCCACGCUCAUGCUGUCGCACCGGUACCCGAUGCGACACCCAGGACGAGGAUAAAAUCUGGACCCAGGGAUGCUUCCACAAAGUCGUUGACUUUCUCACCACCAACAUGAAAGUGAUCGGAGGCGCCGCUAUAGGAGUGACGCUGUUUCCACUCCUCGGAACCGUGCUAUCCUGCGUCCUGGCUGCCAACAUAAACAAAACCAAAUACGAACAAAUGGCCUAAAACUA